UUUUUCAGGGUUUACUCUUUUUCACAGGCAUCUCCGCGGACAGCUUUCACUGGGUCUCACUCUUUUUUAUAGGCAUAUCCACGGACAGCUUUCUUGGGUCUUAAUAUUUGUGACAGGCGAAUACACAGUGGGUGUAGAGCUAAUUGAUGAGGUCUUGCGCAGUCCUUAUUGAUUAUAAUAUUGUUUCAUUUUAAAUUUAAUAUUGGCAUGGCAGUUUUUAGGAUUUAUUUUCUGAAUAAAGAUUUUAAUCAUUGGAAAUGAUGAAUGGAGAAAUUUUUACCUGUCGAAUUGGGCAGUGUGUGGAACUAGACAUCUGCUGCUGGCACAUCCACGGACAGCUAUCCUUGCUUCUUACUCCUGUGCCGGACAAGUCCAUGUCCGGAGCUGUCGGGGAGCCUGCAGUACCCGGAAUGCAACAGCAGCACCCGCCGCCUUCGCUUGCGCCGGCCACCGUCCGCGAGCUCGUGCGCUCGUGCCUGCGCCGGGACCCCGUGGCCGCAGACCUGCGAUGCAGCCUCUUCGUUGCAGCCGCCCAGAGCUACAAGCGCGACUCGGUCUUGCGGCCCUUCCCCCCGCGCUAUGUCUUCGAGGACAACAAGGAGUUUGAUGCGCUGCUGGCAGACAUGAGCUCCAUGCCAGGAAUGAGGGAGCUUGUGCGUCUGGGACCGGGGGAGGGAGAGAAUCACCUGGCCCUGGCUCAUUGGAUCCUGUCCUCCAAGAACUUUGCUGUGAAGACGCUGCAGAGGGAUGAGUACACAAGAAUUCGGGACCUGACAGAGUGUGAUGGGACAUCCAUCCCAGUCCCAGACUUCCUUUUUGAACUGGAGUACUGCGACCAAAUGAAUGCCAAGUUUGAGAAGACAAGGGGUGGGCGUGACCUCCUGUAUGCCUUUCAUGGCAGCCGCCUGGAGAACUUCCACUCCAUCAUUCACAACGGUUUACACUGCCACCUCAACAAGACCUCACUGUUUGGUGAAGGCACUUACCUCACCAGUGACCUCAGCCUUGCUGUCCUCUACAGUCCCCAUGGCAACGGAUGGCGGGAAAGUCUUUUAGGACCACUGCUAAGCUGUGUUGCAGUUUGUGAAAUCAUAGACCACCCCGAUGUAAAAUGCCAGGUGAAGAGGAAAGACUCGGAUAGCAUCGACCGACAGAGGGCAAGGGUGAAGAACAGUGAAGGAGGGGAGGUUCCACAGAAGUAUUUUGUGGUCACAAACAAUCAGCUGCUCAGAGUGAAGUACCUGCUUGUGUACUCCCAGAAGCGUCACCAUGCCAGGCAUGCACCGGGAACCUCGUGGUUUGUCCGACACCACUUCGCCAUCAUGAUGAGCCUCUAUUUACUGUUGCUUGUGCUCAUCGGUGCCUUCAACUCUGCUACCUUCCAGUCCUUUUGGCACAGACUCUUUCGCUGAUGGAGACCUUCUAAGGCCCUCUUCCCCUGCCCACCAUGUUCCUUCCCACACAAAGUGCCUUCGCUUUUAUCCACAAGCAAAACGGCCAGGGGUAUGUCAUUCCUCCUCCUUCCUAAUUCAUGGGAAGGAGAUCAUUCUCUGCCUUAUUUGCCCCACUGUAUUUGUGGAUGUUUGCAUGUGCAGUCAGUGGUGUUGGUCUACCUUUUCAUGAAUUCCACAUUGUUGUCGCAUGGAAACAUCUUUCACACAAAAUGUGUAAUUCUUUUUGAACUUUUUAUAGCUGCUUAUGUCAUUCCUCUUCAGGUAAUGCACUACUCAAAUUGGACGGAAACUGUAAUUUGUCACCAUAUUGUAAUUGGGGAUGAUUUUACCAGUCCCUUUGUGUCCCUUAAGGAGUUUUACUCCUUUGAAUGUUGGUUUGGUCUGUGCUGUUUGUGGAGCAUAAGAUAUUUCUUUAAUUUGUCAAGCUGUAUUGAGCUAUAUGUGUUUAAACCAUAAAGGCACUGUCCGGACUUGUCCACAAAGACCGUGAAUCCUGUGCUGAUAUUCUAGACCUGGCCAUUUGUCCUGGCUUCAGUAGAAAUUCUCCAGAGUUUUCUGCAAAGGAAACAAAUGGAGUACUAGUGGCAUUUCUUUUAGCAUAUUUUAGAAUGAUAUAAAGUUGUGCACAUUGCAACUAAAUGCUUUCAUCAUUAUCUUUGUAAGUCCAGAAUUUUCAGAUCACAUAGUGCUCUUAAAUGACUGGAAGAUGGCUGAGAAAUCAAUUAUUGUAAAUUUGUUCUUACCAGGUAGUUUGUCAUGCUGUAGGGUCGCUUUUGUAUCAAAAUCAUAAGACUUUUGGGAGAGACAAAUUUUGUAUUGAUUCCUCUGUUUACUCUAUUGCCACACUUCAGUAUCAUGCAUUUGAUUUAAAAAUAGCAAAUACUUGUUAGUCAUGUGAAUGUUUUUUUGUCAUUGUUUUUUGUUAUAAUACCAGAUUCAUUGUAAUGUAUAUACAUUUUACACUGAUUCUGUCAGUGUUACUGGUGGAUUCCUGCAUUGUGUAACUUGUAAAAUUAGGGAAACAGCGGAGAUGGUAUGUACCCUCAUACAUUGUUAGAUUAUGUCUCCAGUUUGCAAGGUUUUGGUCAUGCUUUUUUCAUUGCUUAAGUUUGUCUGCUACUGCUUAUCAAACAAAUGUUUUUCCAUUCUACGGACUGUUAUACAUUAGAGCACCCUUAUACGUGAUUAAAGCAGUUUAGUGCACUACUUCUCUCAGAAUGCAGUUUCUCUCUUGUGUUGUCAAAGUAUACAGUUCAUAAACAGUUUAAAAAGAGGGUCAAAAAUUUUGAUUUUUUUUGGCUUGGUGUUGCAAUGACUGUAAUUUUCUUGUGUUGUAUAAGAAAAAAAAUUCCUGGAUGGUUCCAGGAUGAAAUGAAGAAAUCCUCCGCACUUCAGCCUCUGAAGGCUGAUAGACUGAACUUGUGACCGAGAGGCUGUUGAACACUCCCCUAUAAAGUCUCUGUUGCAGCAAUAAUUAAGGUCAUUAGCAAGAUUAGCUUCUGUAAAUCUUAAUGUGUGAAAAUGGACUUGGUGUAAAAUUGUCCUUUCCUUUGAAUAAUGAUCUGUGCUCAGCAAGGUUGUGGGUGUCCUGAGUGUAAAGAGUAUAAAGUUUGGUGUAGCAGGUAACAGCUGUUAAAAUAAAUCCAUGAAAUCAGUUUCUAUGAAAUUGGGGCUGGUUUUACAUGGUUAAAUGUUUGUCUGACCAUAAGUAGUACCAAUCAUAG